GGGGUCUCCUCUGCCACUUCCAGCUCUGCUUCCUGUCUUUUGUCAGUGCCACAGCUUCCAAAACCUACAACACAGCUGGUCUCACUACCAUUUUAUAGACCUUCCCUUUCACUCUUGCAAAUAUUCUUCUAUCACAACUCACUCCUUUCACUCUUCUCCACCCAGUCCACUCUGCCAUUGCUUUGAACUGUUGAACCCAAGUAUUUAAAUUUGUCUACCUUCACCACCUUUGCUCCUUGCAGUCACACCCUUACACCACCUUCCUUCUACACACACGUACUCCAUCUUAUGCCUACUGACUUUCAUUCCCCUUCUAUCUACUAUAAGGGGUGGAAUUACAGUGUGUAGAGUAUUAUUAGUAGACAGGAACAGUACUGGCUUCAGAUUUCAUUGGGCAUGUGCCACUUCCUGAUCUGUUUAAUAGAAUAAGCGCCAUUAUUAUUUUACCUUAAACAGUGAAGGCAGAAGAACAGGAGCUGAGAAAACCACCAGAAUUAAAGACCGCAAAGCUUUACAGAGAGUGGUACAGUCAGCAAAACACAUCACUGGGUAUGCACUCACUAACCUCCAGGACAUCUACACCAAACGAUAUCAGACCUGGGCAAAGGACCCUGUGCUGCAAUUAGCAGAAAUCAAAUAGAGAAAAUGUAUCAUGAAGACCAAGAAUCUUCUCCACCCAAAAAGAUUAAAAGACCAGGUGAAAGUGAACUGAAAAUAUCUAACCGUUUCUCAAUAAGAAUCAGUGAUGGAUUCAUACGUACUGUUGGCAAUGUUAUUGCACCUUUGGUAGCUGCACGAGCAUCGUUACAGAUUAUCAGAGAGCUGAGAGGUGCUCAGUUGGAAGAAACACUUGUAAAUGUACUGAGGCUGUGUUCGGCAUUUAUAAGACAAAUUCGCUCAGGGAGCAUUAUCAUUGAUGCUGAAUUUUUAAAACAGCCCUCUGCAUUAAAUGUGGCUGAUGUUAUACAAAAGCUGAAGUCUGAAAUGAAAACAAUAAUGCCAGCUGGGAAUUGUGUAAUUGAAGAAAUAAAAGAAAAAGAACAUCAUCAUCCAGAGCCUAAAGUUCAAGAAAUGGACCUUGCAUUUUAUACCUUGCAAAUGUUGAAAAAGGAACUCGGCAGAAUGAAACAUUCAAGGUUAGCCGAGGUGUUGGAUUUUCAGAAUGCAGAGGAAAUGAUAUCACGGAUUAUAAAAGAAUCACAAUCCUCUACAAAAGUGUGCCUUUUGUCACAAAAUGGAAAGGGAAAGAGUUUCAUUCUAAACCUGUUACUGCUUAUGACUGCAGACAAUGAUGAAGAAUAUCAGGAAUAUAUCAAAAACAAUGAAGGCAUCCUUCCAUUAACACAGGAGCAUCUGAUGGGAAAUUCAGAAAUUAUACCAGAAGUUUUUGCAGAGGAACUUGAAAAGUAUGAAGAUGAAAUUGACAGUGACCAGAAGAAAGAGAUAAUUACAAAAAUGAUCCAAAACUGCGAUUAUACAUCAUCAGUUUCAGAGAAAAAGAUGUCAGAAAUGAUCAAAGCUGAAGAGAAGUCAUUUUCUGCUCUGAAAAAAUACUGUGGUGGUAUGAAUCUCAGACACUUUCAAUCCUAUUUACUUCCUGAAAAAGGAACAAAGAAAGCUUAUAUGGCAACUACAAAGGCUGUUGUGCGUCUCCGUUAUGGACGGAUUUACCAAAUGAAAGUUGAAUAUAUGAACAAAGAAGAUCUUCAAAACCAGCUUUAUGAACUUGCAGAAAUUAAAAGAAAUCGCAAAGAAAACAAAAGAAGUGGCAGAACAGAAAAUAAACAAGAAGAAAUGCAUCAUGAUGCUUUACAAAAGAGGUUUGAGAUCCUUACAACACAUUUUCAGCAGUGCAGCUUUAAUGAAGAGGAUCUACUGAAACUUGAAAACUCAAAUUGCAUACUUCUGAAUGAAGCAGUAAAUACUUUUGAAGGGAGCACAGCAUAUUUUAUGGGACUUGGAAAAAAUGCAACUGAAGAUCGCCUGUUCAUCAGGGAGAAACUGCAAGAGAUGAUUACUUUGACAAAUGUAUCCACUGACCAGGAGAAACUUCAUGAAAUGAAAAUUGCAGCAGUGAAGGAAAUAGUAGUCUUUGCUCCAUGCAAACUUCUCUGUGGUCAAAAAGAACUAAUUGAAAUGCCUGGAACAGAUGAGUCUGACCCUCUUGCACUUCAUGACAUUGGAAACAUACUAGAUGAGGUGAAUGGUACCUUACUUUUGUCAGACUCUUCCUUCAAUAUUGGAGAAGCUGAUGUAAAGACAAUUCUUCGAGACAGUAAAUUCCUUCACAACUUUGUAAAAUCUCCAGAAGAAUACAUGUUGAUGUUCAUUACUUAUCCGGAGCAGAAGAAAAAUUCACAAUAUACAAAGGAAGACAAAAUUAUGGACAUGGAAUUUGUUAAAGAAGAGCCAAUAAAAAAGGAAGGAGAAAUUCAAUGUCUUGAAAGGCUUCUUGAGAAACAACUUCCAGAGAAUGUGAAAAAAAAUGUAAACUCCUCAGUGAUUUUGCCAGUUUUUCAUUGUUCACUUCUUAUGCAAGAGCAUGAUACCACUGAAAUUGUAAGAGAAUUUGAAAGUAAUCUUGAGCAUACUGGAGUAUAUAAAGUAAUGGAAACACUUGAUCAAUUUGGAUUUAUCAAUCUGAAGCCAAAGAUAGAAGAAGCAAAAGAUGCUUUAAUUCUUCUUAAAGAAAGAGCAGAACAUUAUUUAAAGAUGUGUGAAAGGGUAACAAAUCAAGCAGAAGAUGCAAUGAAAUCUUUCAGAAAGAGAGAAAUGAGUGAACUACAUUUUGAUAAUUUCUUCAAACAACAUGAAGAAAUACUAGUAGCAACGACACAGAGUCUUAAUACAACAAGAUACCGUUUCAUUGAUGGACAGGUUGCAGAAUUGCUGCAAAAAUGGGGAAGAAGUGCUUCAGAAAAGUGGAAAGAAAAUAAGGAGAAGGUGACAGCUAUGUGUGUAUUCAAUCCUAUUUACAAUGGAAAACGAUCCAAGGUAAAACUCUACAAUAUUGCUUAUGGUAGAUCUGAUGAGCUUGACAUGAAUCAAUUUCUGGAUGAUACGAGAAACGUAAUGAUGCAGUACAAGGAGGACACACUGACGUUGCUCAAAAAAACACUAAAACUUAUUGAAACUGAUAACUCCGACAUUGAAGCAUUGGUUAUGAAAGCAGUUGAUCUUGAAUUAGAGGAAGCUAUUGUCUGGUACAUGGGAAAGAUAAAAAUGCCAUUUGACAAUAAGAAGUUAAUACAACUUUUUGAAACCAGCCUGGUUGAUUGUCUGAAAUAUAAUCUCCUAGAAAUCACUCAUUUACAAAGUAUUGAAAUAGCUAAAGAAACGGUGACAAAACGAAUAGCAGCAGUUGUUGAAAAGGCUGGAGAAUAUUUUGAAGAUAACAUUGAAAAGAAACUUCAUCAACAAAGAUGGAAAAGCUUUCGUAGAAGAGUUAAUCCAAAAUCAGAUAAUAAAACACCAAGGCCACUGCAGACCACAAUGUCAGUUCUGAAACCGAUGACAGGAACCCUCACCAAAGAAAAAGAAGAAACAUUAAUUGUAAUUGAAGAGCUGAAAAAAAUGAUAAAAAUGGCUGAUGUAGCUUUAAAAGGAACAAAGAAGACUGAAGACAAGUAACAUCUCAACUUUAAUGAGAUAAUCUAUUUAGCUUGAUAUUUUACUUUAUUUUUAAUUCUGUUUGUUUUUAAGUAAGUCUGUUUAAAAUUAGACACGAUGACCAUUUAUAAAUAUAUACAGUAUUUCCAUUUUUGUUUAAGCAAGAGGAAUAUAAUAAUAAUAAUAAUAAUAACAAUAAUAAUAAUAAUAAUAAUAAUACAUUUUAUUUAUACAAGGUGCCUUUCAGAGAACUCAAGGACACCGAACAAACAAUAAAUAA